AUGGCGGCCAAUACGCUUCGGGCCAUUGCACUUGAGAUGGCGCCAGCAGGGCAGCUGAGGGUGGGAAUCAACAUGCGCAACCAACUGCUGGUAACGGGCAAGACUCCUACCGGCGAGCCGCUUGGGUUGGCGCCGAGCAUGGCAGCCGCCUUCGCCGAACGAAUCGGUGUGCCCGUGGAGUUUGUCCCAUAUGACUCUCCAGCAAAGCUUGCGGAUGAUGCAGCGUUCGAUAAGUGGGAUGUUGCAAUGAUCGGAGCAGAUCCCGCUCGAGCUGCGCAUGUCGAUUUCACGGCGCCCUACUGCCAGAUCGAAGCUACCUACGCAGUGGCUUCGGACUCCUUGUUUACUCAAUGCUCUGAGGUCGACGUGGCGGGCAUUCGCGUUGCUGGCUGCUCUGGAGCUGCUUACGUCCUCUGGCUGGAGAGACACCUCAAGAACGCGAGUCUUGUCAAGGCGGAUGGUCAUGAAGCAACUUAUGACAUGUUCAAGAGCGAGAAGCUGGACGCUUUGGCUGGGUUGCGAUCCAAGCUGACCAAGGCCUCCAUGCCCUCCUCACUUCAAGACUUCAAGACGCCUCAGCUGGCUCCUGUGAAGGACGCCCAAAAGCUUCCUGGCACUCGCAUGCUUCCUGGGAAGUUCAUGGCCGUGGAGCAGGCUUCCUUGAGUAAUCACCGAAGUGAACAUCAAGUUGCAGGGGACUGA